AUCACUAUCACUAGUGAAACCUCUGACAUUCUCAACAAAUGUAAACAUAUUGAUUUGUGUAUUUUUAACUCAUUUUAUUGACUUGCGGCAAAGGUUCAUUACAAAAUGGACCAGGAGACCGCGAAGAAGCUCCUCGUCGAGGGCGGGACGUUCGUGUUCCUCGGAGUACCCGAGGAAACGCAGUUUGGCAUUGACAUGCAAUGCUGGAACACUGAUGAGGAUUUCCGUGGAAUUAAGAUGAUCCCGCCGGGUUUGCACUACGUGCAUUAUUCCGCGGUCAGCAAGAGCACCGGGGACGUGUGCCCGAGGUCUGGAUUCAUGCACUACUUCCACAAGAAAGAGUUUCUCGUAAAGAUGUGGGACAAGAAGACGGAAGACAUAAGCACGGAGGAGAUAAGCGAGGAGAGCAUCCAGCGGUUGAAGGACAACCUGUUCAAUUUGGAUCGGCACCUGGCUCCGUACCCUUACGAGAUAUGGCAGAAAUGGAAGCUGCUUACAUCACAGAUAACAGCUGAACUCGCAACAAAACUGUCUCCAGAAAAGGGUAUCAUCCGAGCAUCAGUGGAACUCCUCUCAAUGACGGAUGAAGACCGGCCGCGAGGCACCAAGUCCGAGUCAAUGGAGAGCCAGGAGGACCCCGAAACACCGACCGAGGAGGGUGCGGAAGACACUCCGGGACAGUCCGAUGCUAAGAGAGCCAAGAGAGUCACUAGGGCUGAGAAGGAGAAUGCCAUGUUGCCGGACUUGAAACCUGUACCAGGCGCUUCAAUGAGAUUUACGGAAAUACCACAGGACAAAUACCCUCCAGGCUCCACUCCAGAAGAGAUCACUAAGCAUUACUUAGACCAGUCCUACUCUUUAGAGCUGAUGAUCGCGCAACACGACGAGCCGCUUCACAUCAUCGGAGAGCUCCAACUAGCAUACCUUUGCUUCCUAAUCGGGCACUCCCUCGAAUGUUUCGAGCACUGGAAAAGCCUCGUCAUACUCCUCUGCUCGUGUGACGACGCCAUUCACAAAUACAGAAGCGUUUUCUUCCACUUCAUAAGAACAAUUGAGAUACAAAUCGAGGAGAUGCCCGAGGAUUUCCUAGCAGAUAUCGUCAUGAACAAGAACCUAGUCUAUAAGAAGCUUAGAGAGUUCUUCAGAACGGCUUAUGUGAGCAAAGUCGAUGGACGACUGCUAACGAUGAUUGAACGGUUCAAGGAGAAUUUAACAGAGAAAUUGCAGUGGGAUUUCACGGGAUUGGACGCUGAUGAUGAAGAUGAGAGGCCGGUUAUUGUUAAAUUGGAUGAUACGGAGUAGAUGUGAAUGUUUCAUCGUAUAGAAACAAUUGGAAUUUUUGAAAUAUACCUGAAGUCCCGGAGACCGUAAUGUAAUGCCAACCUGGAGGUCAAA